AUGCCACCAAAGAAGAACGUCACAUACAAGGGGAAGAUACUAUUUCUCCAUGGAUACACUCAAUCUGCAUCUUUAUUCUAUGCCAAGACUUCUGCAUUGAGAAAAAAGCUCAUCAAGUUGGGUUACAAAUGUGUGUAUCUUAAUGGACCUUAUGUGCUAACUCCAGCAGAUUUGCCAACAACUGAUUCCUUAUCCAAAUUUGGAUCUGCCACAACGGACACAGAUGAUGUGACAUACCGUGCAUGGUGGGUCAAAAAAGAUAAAACCAACGAUGCCAUCAAUUUGGACGAGUCUAUUGCAACAAUAAAGAAUUACAUACAAAAAGGCGAGAUCAUCGCAGACAAUGACUUGAAAGUAGAAGAGGAAACUGAAGAAGAAAAGAAGUUGCCUAUUGUUGGUAUACUUGGGUUCUCUCAGGGUGCUGCAUUUGGUGGAGUCGUAGCACAUAAAUUUCAUGAAUUGUUUGAAACAGACCCUUUAAAGUUUGUUGUUUUAUAUUCUGGAUUUAAAUUGGACACUUCAAAAAAGGCAGGUAACGACAAGUACGAUGAAUAUUACCCUCACACAGAAGAAGAAGUUAAAAGUGGUGGUUUCAAAUAUCUUCACGUGUUGGGAGAGUUGGACACUGUGGUAGCAGAAGAUCGUGGCUAUUCGUUGUAUGAACAUACGAAGUCAUCUUCCGAUAUUUUGAAGCAUCCAGGAGGUCACUUUGUUCCGAACUCCAAAAUGUAUGUCGACAAUGUAGCGAACUGGAUUGAAGCCCAUCAAAAUGGAUCUCAGCUGAAGUCUGAAGCGCCAGAAGACGAUAUCGAUUCGUUGUUGGACAUGAUGGAUAAUUUCGGGAAAGCGUGA